AUGUUACAUUUUAAGGUCUUUAUUAUCUGUCUGAUGGCUGCAGCAGCAACCUGCGAGCCUCCAAUCCAGGGUUACAACUACCAACAACCAGCUCUGAACAGUUACAACUCGCCUACCAAUAGCUACAUACCUCCCAGUACUGGUUUCUCUCCACCAAGCAACAAUUACCUCCCUCCUACCUUCAGCUCCGGCAACCAAAACUCCUACAACCACGGCCAACAUAGUCACCACGGUCACGGACAUGGUCAUGACAAUGAAGUGCCAAAAUCCUACGAAUUCGGAUACUCGGUGAAAGAUGCCCAAUCCGGCAAUGAUUACGACCGCAAGGAGAGCUCUGACGGCAAUGUUGUCCGCGGAGAGUACAGAGUGCAGCUACCUGAUGGACGUACCCAGAUCGUAACUUACCAUGCCGACUGGCAGACCGGCUUCCAUGCUGACGUAAGAUACGAAGGACAAGCGAAGUACCCCGAACCCACAUACAAUAACAGGAGACAAGGAGGUUACAACUAUAACGCCCCUCAAGACUUCAGCGGUUCGUUAACAGGCUUCAACAACAACAACAACUACAAACAACCAUCAACCGCUUACGGUCCCCCCGGAUAUCAAUGA